UCCAAUUGCAACAGCCGCCAGCAAGCUGGCUGAUAUUAUCCUCUUGGCUUGGCCAGUCAAUGUUGGCAGCUCGUCGCCACAAGAUGUGCUGCAGAGGCUUGGGCUUCAGCACCGGAUUCGUGGCCUUCUGUGCAUUUAUCUGUUGCUUUGCUGCCCUGCACAUUCUCAACAAGAUUGUGCAUAUCGAUGAGAAGACAGCCCAAAGCAGCGAGUUCCAAUUGCCAUUCGAUGCAAGAGAUCGCUGCCAGCAGACCUUUAUUGUGGAUGGUGCGGAGGGCGGAGCACAUCUCACCUGGCUGGAAUUGUUUUACAUGAAGUGGACCCUUGUGCUGACCAUUUGCUAUACGUUCACGGUCAUGGUGCUGAUACGUGCCCAGUACUUGAGUCAUUUCGAUAUCAAUUUCAUUACCUCGAAUGCGAUGAUGUUGGUGGGCGGCGUUUUGUCCGUGGUACUGUUCAGUGCCACCGUUAUACUGCAUGACAGGAUGCCCUUUAUGGAGGACUGGUGCAAUCAGUUUAUCGUUGGAUUCAUGUAUUUCAUUGCCAUCAAUAUCUGUGUCGCUGUUGUCUUCUUUCUCAUUCACUCCUGUCAAUAUUACUUUCAAAUGGAGGACAACGGCAUCUGAGCUUCUACACAGACAGUUACUAAAACUAGCUUUACUAAAGAGGGUAUACUAUAAAGUAACUAAAUUUCUUUAUCAAUCCGAGUCGAACAAUUUCAUUGUAAAUGAACACAACUGCAUUUGUGUACUAAUAAGGUGUAUAUUUAUUUAUUAACUACAUAUGUAUAUUCAUUCUGAUCUUAUUACAAGAACUCUUUCAUUUGACUACAUUUAUUCCAAUAAGUUUAAUCGAACUGAGACGCACACGAGUUGAAACUAAAAUUGUUUGUAUAUACUAAAACUAAGAGUUUGUAUUUGCUUCGUAGUAGCAAAGUAGAACUCACUUUAUUAUGAUUCUAUAAAUAAUAUUGUUAUGCAAAACUUGGCAAUUGUUUAUAUCUGGUUACACAGAUAUUUUCCCCUACAUUUAUCUGAAAUAAAACCAAAUUUGUAUACAAAAAAAAAUAACAUAUAGACACGUUUAUUCGAAUACAUGGUACAAAAAAACGACAGACGAGUGAGAUAAAAAAAAAAUUACAAAACAUAAUAAUUAUUUUUAAUAAUAAUGAUAAUAAUAGUAGUAUUAUGCAUAUGUAGCGCCACAAUUAUUUGAACAGUGCAACAAAGAGACUCUCUGUAUAUUGGCUUGUGCGUUAUCUUUUUAGCCGAUUCUGAUUCUGAUUCAUGAUUCUUGAUUUUCUGAUUCUGAUUUCUAAUUGAGAUGAACUGAUUUGUUACAUUACAUUACAUUGAUUGACUUGCUCGAAAGUGAUGCGCUCUCACUCUCCCGCUCUCUCUCUCUCUCUCUGUUUCGCUUAAAUGCCUGAGGCUUAAAUGCCGCGAUAUGAUCGAUGUGCCAGGAAUGCGCUUAUGAAGUACAGCACCGCAUUGA